AUGGCGCAGGAUACGUCAACAACGAAAGAUGUCGAGGCAGAUGCUGCUACCGAGCAGCAGCCGUCCGAGAAGAUUGUCCUGGAAGACGGCGAAAAGACCGAGAUUCUAGUCGGAUGGGAGAGUGCAGACGAUCCGGAGAAUCCACAGAACUGGUCCACUCCAUUCAAGUCUUGGAUUACCUUCCAGCUGGGUAUGCUUGCCUUUGGCGCCAGUUUGGCCUCGAGUAUCAUCGCCCCAGCAAAUCGCACCAUCGCCGAAUAUGUCAACGUCAGCGAGGAGGUCGUCGUCCUGAACGUCUCGCUCUACGUCGUCGGCUUUGCAUUCGGUCCCCUAGUUUGGGCGCCUGUCAGCGAGGUCUGGGGCAGGCGAUGGUCUAUGUUACCGGCCGCGACGUGCUUGGUGUGCUUCUCCAUCGGCACCGCCGUGAGUAGAAACGCCCAGACUGUCUUCAUCAACCGGUUUUUCAGCGGCUUCUUCGGCUCCGCGGCCGUCAGCAACGUCAACGCCGCACUGGGCGACAUUUGGUCCCGCGAGGCUCGCGGGACGGCCGUGUGCUUGUACGGCGUCUGUGUCGUUGGCGGCCCGACGUUAGGCCCGACCAUCGGGGCCGCCAUCCUGGUCAAUCCGCACAUGGGCUGGCGUUGGACGGGAUACAUCGUGGCGCUGUUCAAUGCCGUGGUCGUGGCCACGACCUACUUCUGCAUGCCCGAGAUGUAUCCGCCGGUACUGCUCAAGCGAAAAGCCGCGAGAAUGCGAAAGCAGACGGGUAACACUCUAUACUUUCACCCGCAGGAACGGAUCAAGGUCGACAUCAAGUCCAUCAUCACCAAACAGCUAUCUCGACCGCUGAUGAUGCUGCUCACCGAACCAAUGGUGACCUGCAUCGCCUUUUACGCCUCGUUCGUCUACUCCAUCCUCUACCUCACGCUGCAGGUCUUCCCCAUCAUCUUCGAAGAGCAACGCCAUUGGGGCCCUGUCGUAGCCUCGCUGCCCUUCCUGGGUAUGUUUGUCGGCAUCCUCGCCGCCACGGGCGUCAACCUUGGAAACCAACCUCUGUACCGUCGGAAAUGCCAGGCCUCGAACGGCCGACCCGUCCCGGAAGCAAGACUUCCCCCUCUCGCCAUCGGCGCCGUCCUCAUGGUUGUUGGCCUCUUCUGGUUCGGUUGGACAGCCGCGCCGCGAUACCCAUGGGCAUCCCCCGUCGUUGCGGCCGGUUUGAUCGGUGGGGGCUUCAAUAUCAUCUUCCAGCAAUGCAUCAACUACCUUGUCGACGUGUACGGGCUGUACGCCGCGAGCGCCACCGCCGCGAAUACCUUUCUUCGCAGCGUCCUGGCGGCAGGACUUCCACUAGCUGCUCGACCAAUGUACCACGCCAUGGGAGUCGGGCCGGCAACAUCUGUCCUCGGGGCUGUGGCGGCUGUAUUGCUGCCCGUGCCUUUUAUCUUUAUGAAGAUCGGCCUUGUGCUUAGGAAGAAAUCCAAGUUUGCGCCCGUGCUGGACGGCUGA